CCUUUAGUUUCGUCGUUUUCCUAGUACUCUAAUAGUUCCUCCAUUUGACUCGUUCAAUGAAAAAGAUCUUAGACAUGCCUGUUUUGUUAGCUCAACAUGAAACGUAGAUGCCCUUCACUCUUGCAGUGGCUGCUUUUGUUGCAAGCAUGUGUAGUACGAGCUAUAUACGCAGAGAACAGCACGCUACACGACUACUGUAUCAAACAAUUGCCUUUAUUUGACACACAGACUAGAGGACAGUUUUCUUUGGUUAAUUUGAUUCGAAUGUGUGGAAACCUUCAUCUCUACGCAGACUGUAUUCUGACAGAAAGAAACGCACUGUUAAAAGACAUCAAGUUUCAGACAGAGCUGUAUGAGAAGUAUUUCCCUAGCGAGGAGGAUCUCUACCGUGCUCUCUAUGGCUACUGUGGGGAGUAUCUAGUGAGCUACUCUGAACGCUUACCCUUCGAGUAUGAUGUCACUUUGAGUCAAUGUGAACACACACACAGUGAUAUGAUAGCAGCCUGUCACCCCCACAUCACACAGCAAGAUAAACUUGCCCAACUGAGGAGAGUAGUGGACAACAGAGAGCUCAGUGAAAUAAUGCGCUUGUCUUGCAGUAUCCAAGCUACAUAUAUCUUCUGUUUGAUAAACAUUUACAUAUCAUGUGAACCAAGUUUUGUGGAGUACUUCGUGUUUUUAAAAGCCAGACUGGGAGUACAAUGUUUACAGUCCAUGAACUCUUUUAGCCCAAUAUUAAUGUACCAACGUUGUGUGACGUCAUCUGCAGUAACUUUACAAGCCUCGGGUCUCGUGGACAUUCUACAGUCUAUAGCCGUCUUGGCGUGGUCAUGUUUCGUCUCUGGGAAACUGCUUUAACAAAACAAAGAUUGAUUGAGCAGAUGUCGUAGAUGUGUAUUUAUAAUUAGGAUGGAUAAGAGAAAGUUUGUUUUUAGAAAUCUGAUGUGUGUGAAUGUGCGUUUUUAUUGAGAGUCGGUACAUAGAAAAAAAUUGUUUAGGUCUUGUUAUAGAGAGAUUUCAGUGUGUAAGGCAAACAAUGAAUAUGCUUUCAAAAAUAAAAAUAGAUAUAUUAAAAUUA